CGGAAGUGUUCUGUGAAUGUGUGAAGCAGGUUCCGGAGGCAGGGAUAAAACAUCAUAAUGGCAUCAAGAGGGAAGACUGAGACGGGGAAACUGCGGCAGAAUUUGGAAGAACAAUUAGAUCGACUAAUGCAACAGCUUCAGGACCUCGAGGAAUGCAGGGAUGAAUUGGAUGCUGAUGAAUAUGAAGAAACAAAGAAGGAGACUCUAGAGCAACUCAGUGAGUUUAAUGAUUCACUGAAGAAGAUAAUGUCUGGAGACAUGACUCUGGUGGAUGAGUUGAGCGGGAUGCAACUGGCAAUUCAAGCAGCUAUCAGCCAGGCCUUCAAAACUCCAGAAGUGAUUAGGAUGUUUGCCAAGAAGCAACCAGGCCAGCUGCGGACACGGUUAGCCGAUAUGGAUCGAGAUCUCAUGGUGGGCAAGCUGGGACGUGACCUCUAUACACAGCAGAAAGGUGAAAUCCUCACUGCGCUUCGAAAACUGGGAGAAAAGCUAACAGCAGAAGAAGAAGCAUUCCUAUCUGAGAAUGUAGGUGCUGCUCUCAUCCAUUUUCAGAAGGUCUCGGAAGGAUUGGGAUCUGGGGACAAAGUCCUGGCUCUGGCCAGUCUCGAAGUGGAGAAUGUCAAGAUAUAAGCAUGCAUCGUGGAGCAGAAAUCUACAUUCUCUCAUGGGAAGACAGUUGGACACUUGGGACAUGUUUUCAUAAAAGUGUUUGCACUUGUUUGGCAGUAUUUGUUUCACAAUGUGUUUCACAAUCCCUCCGGACUGGCUCCCUUUUUAUCCACAUGGGUAAUUAGGAUGACUGACAUUUAUAUAUUUUUACUACACGCUGCAAAGUGCGGCACAAUCCUGCUCUCAUUACUAUUAGGUAUCUUAAUAUUGCAAUUGUUUUCUGUAAUGUGUUGUGCAUGCCUGUAAUAGGUACUGAAUGGUGACUUUUUUCCUACUAUCAAUAAACAGUUUUGGUUUUUGUA